UACCACAUUCAGAGGCGCAAACAAUGCAGCUUCUGCUCCUGCUUUGGUUGCUGCUCCCCCUGCUGACUGCCUCCGAGACGGCCAACGCUCCCGCCAAGCCCCACAUCAUCUUCAUUCUGGCCGACGAUUUGGGGUUCAACGACGUCGGCUUCCAUGGCUCGGCACAGAUACCCACGCCCAACAUCGAUGCCUUGGCCUAUUCGGGCAUCAUUCUGAAUCGUUAUUAUGUCGCUCCAAUCUGUACACCAUCUAGGUCCGCACUUAUGACUGGAAAAUAUCCCAUACACACAGGUAUGCAGCAUUCGGUGCUCUAUGCGGCUGAGCCACGUGGCCUUCCCCUGCAUGAAAAGAUUCUACCACAAUAUUUGAAUGAUUUGGGCUACACCUCUCACAUAGCAGGAAAAUGGCAUCUGGGACAUUGGAAGCUCGAGUAUACGCCACUGUAUCGAGGCUUUAGCAGCCAUGUGGGCUUUUGGUCCGGCCAUCAUGACUACAACGAUCAUACGGCCGUCGAGAAACACCUCUGGGGCUUGGACAUGCGCAACGGAACGGAUGUGGCCUACAAUCUGCACGGACAGUACACGACAGAUGUGAUAACAAGGCACUCGGUGUCUGUGAUAGCCAACCAUGAAGCAGCGAAGGGUCCACUAUUCCUGUAUGUAGCGCAUGCGGCGGGUCAUUCGGGCAAUCCGUACAAUCCACUGCCGGUGUCAGACGACGAUGUGAUGAAGCUGGACCACAUUAUCCACUACAAGCGCCGCAGAUAUGCAGCCAUGGUCGCCAAAAUGGAUGACAGUGUGGGCCUGAUUGUGGAACAGUUGCGAAAAAAAAAUAUGCUGGAAAACUCGAUCAUUGUCUUCUCCUCGGACAACGGGGGUCCGGCUCAGGGAUUCAACUUGAACUUUGCCUCGAACUAUCCGUUGCGGGGCGUGAAGAACACCCUAUGGGAGGGAGGCGUUAGAGCUGCUGGUCUCGUUUGGUCGCCGCUUCUCGAGAAGAGGCGACGCGUUCUCGACGAGACCAUGCAUAUCAGCGACUGGCUACCGACGUUAAUGGAGGCCGCUGGAGGACAUCCAGCUUUGGCCAAUCUCAGCCAGGGUUUGGAUGGGAUGAGUAUUUGGAAGACCCUUGUCCAUGACUUGCCAUCGCCACGCAAGACUGUGCUCCACAACAUUGACGACAUCUGGGGCAGCGCUGCCUUGACGGUGGGAGACUGGAAGAUGAUACAGGGCACUAAUUAUAAUGGAAGAUGGGACGGCUGGUACGGACCGGGUGGGGAGCGAGAUCCCCAUCUCUACGACUGGAACUUGGUGCUCAAGAGUAGGAGUGGCAAAGCCAUGGUUGGACUGAAUAUGCUUCCAAGUAGGGCGGAUCAGCAGAGACUGCGAGCGGCCGCCACCGUCACCUGCCAAGGGAAAUCAACUCAAGGCACCAGUUGUGUGGCGACAGCAUUUUCUGCCCCUUGUUUGUUCCGUGUGCGUGAUGAUCCUUGCGAACAAUUCAACCUGGCGGAACAAUAUCCCAAGGUACUCGACCUAUUGCGGGCGGAGCUUCAGCACAUCAAUACCACUGUUGUCGCACCGUCUAACCAACCCGAUGACCCCAGGGCAAGUCCCAUGUACUUCAACUUCACAUGGACAAACUUUGGGGACUAUUAUGACUAUAGCAAUGAAGCUGUCCUGGGGGAUAUAAGGUCAGCUUUGAUGGACAAUGUGGAGAAGACUGCUAAAAAUAAAGUAAUCAAGUUUUAGUCCAUUUC